AUGCCAUAUCUUGUACUCAUUCAUUGUAAUCUCGCAGGGUCUAGUCCCGUCGCCUCCCAUCUCCGUGUCGCCCUCGUCGAGGCGCAGGACCUAUCCAAGCCUGCCACUUAUUCCCCUUCGCCGUCCGAGUACUCGAAUCGCUGCAGCUCCCUCACGCCAGCCUCGGUCGAGUUCCUCAACACCAUCGGAGCAUGGGCGCACAUUGCCCGCGAUCGCAUACAAGAGUACGGCGAGAUGCAGGUUUGGGAUGGGCUCACCGAUGCGCGUAUCGAGUUCAACUGGCCCCAUGGGUCUAGUCCUCGAGCCAUCGCCUACAUGGCGGAAAACCUGAACCUUACUUCAGCCCUCCUGAAGAGGCUCAACGAGUUGGGAGGUGUGGAUGUCUUUGACAACACAAAGGUGGACGAGAUAGUACUGGGGGAGGAGACGGACAGCUUGGACCUCAGAGAGUGGCCUGUCGUCCGUCUCUCCAACGGCAAGUCGUUGGCGGCCCGGCUGCUUGUUGGUGCCGACGGUGCAAGCAGUCCUGUCAGAACGUUUGCCGGCAUCGAGAGUCGGGGCUGGGACUACGGCAGACAUGGCGUCGUGGCGACCUUGCAGCUUGAAGGCGACGUCCAAACAGCUUUCCAGCGCUUCUUACCCACUGGCCCUAUCGCGAUGCUUCCGAUGCCCGGGAAGCAUGCUACGCUGGUUUGGUCGACUACACCGAAGAACGCAUCUCUUCUAAAGUCGCUGCCUCCGAAGGAAUUCACGGCCAUGGUCAACGCUGCCUUCCGCCUCUCCGCCGUUGACCUUGCCUACAUGCACACCCAGGCUGCUGGCCAAGACGAGGAAUACCGCUGGAGGAUGCAACACACACCGGUCGACCUUGAGGUUGUUCCCCAGACCGUCGUCGGUGUUCAAGAGGGUUCGGUGGCCUCGUUUCCCCUCAGACUUCGGCACGCUGAUACCUACAUCGGCGAGCGCAUUGCCCUCGUCGGCGAUGCCGCUCACACGAUCCACCCUCUUGCAGGCCAAGGCCUCAAUCAGGGACAGGCCGAUGUCCGAAGCUUGGUCAAGGCAGUCGAGUACUCGGUCACCCACGGACAGGAUCUCGGGACGCAGCUGUCCCUCGAGAGCUACAACAGCGAACGAUACGCCGCCAACCACGUCCUGCUUGGCGUUUGCGACAAGUUGCACAAGCUAUACGCCGUUGAGAGCGGGCCUUUAGUCCCGCUGAGGUCCAUAGGGCUGAGGGCCGUCAAUGCGCUGUCACCACUGAAGACCUUCUUGAUGAACCAAGCCUCUGGGACAGGCGCUCCGGGUUCUUGGCGGCCGACAUAG